AUGGCCGCCCUGCGCUCCCUCCUGCGGUGGCGCCGCCGCCUGGGCCCGCGCCCGGCCGCUCCGCCGGCGCGGCGGCUGUGGGCGGCGGCGGGGGUCGGGCCGGCGGGGCCGCGGCUGGUGCGGCGGGAGCUUGGCUUGGCGGCAGCGGGGGCGGCUCUCGCCGCGCUGUACGCGUGGUACCGGCUGUCUCGAGCGCGGUGGGAGCCCUCCCGGCGAGCCGGCAGGGCCCGGGCGCUGCUCCCUAUCCCGUUGGCGGCCGCUGCCAAGGAGACGGUUACAGAAAGCAGAUCAGACCUUGAAGAUUUACACCUUUAUGCAACUCCUCGGGAGCAACGGUUUCGUAUGUUUGCCAGUUUAGAAUUUGAAGGACAGCUAUAUAUGACUCCACAUGACUUCAUUCAGGCUGUUACAAGUGAUGAACCCAAAUGUGCUAAAAAAUGGCGAUCCCUUUCAAAGCAGGAACUGAAUCAGAUCCUUAUGGAGACACCACCAGUUUGGAAAGGAUCAUCCAAACUUUUCCGUAACCUUAAUGAGAAAGGUGUGAUAUCUUACACAGAAUAUUUAUUCCUCUUAUGUAUUUUAACAAAGCCACAUGCAGGUUUUAGAAUUGCUUUCAACAUGUUUGAUACGGAUGGCAAUGAAAUGGUGGACAAAAAGGAAUUCUUAGUGCUCCAAGAGAUCUUCAGGAAAAAAAAUGAGAAGAGAGAAAAACGAGGAGAUGAAGAAAAACGUGCAAUGCUGCGUCUUCAACUUUAUGGAUAUCAUACUUCUACUAACAGUGUUCUUAAAACAGAAGGAGAGGACCUUGUCCCCAGAAGCUAUUGGGAUACUUUGAGACGUAGCACAAGCCAAGCACUCUUUUCGGACCUUGCAGAGCGUGCUGAUGAUAUUUCAAGUUCACUGUCAGAUACUACACUACUUGUACACUUUUUCGGCAAAAAAGGAAAAGCUGAACUGAACUUUGAAGAUUUUUAUAGAUUUAUGGAUAACCUACAAACUGAGGUUCUAGAGAUAGAAUUCCUUUCCUACUCUAAUGGGAUGAACACAAUCAGUGAGGAAGACUUUGCCCAUAUUCUUUUGAGGUAUACAAAUGUGGAAAAUACAUCAAGUUACUUGGAAAACAUGCGCUGCAGUAUUCCUGAAGAAAAGGGUAUCACCUUUGAAGAAUUUAGAUCAUUUUUCCAGUUCUUGAACAAUCUAGAAGACUUUACAAUUGCAAUGCAAAUGUAUAAUUUUGCAAGUCGUUCCAUAGGUCAAGAUGAAUUCAAACGUGCUGUGUAUGUAGCCACAGGUGUGAAGCUUUCACCACAUUUGGUGAACACAGUGUUCAAGAUUUUUGAUGUGGACAGAGAUGACCAGCUGAGUUAUAAAGAAUUUAUCGGGAUUAUGAAAGACAGACUCAAUCGAGGGUUUAGGGAGACUCCAAAGUAUGGUUGGAAGGAAUAUUACUCUUGUGUGAUGAUUGUAACCAGUGAACAUCUCAGAGAUCUGUGGAAGCAAUUUCGGAGACAAGAUAUGCUGAGAUAAAGGAAGGAAGAAGAAUUAUCUGCACUGGCUAGAAAUAUUUAUUCCUGUGAAUUCCUAACGAAGAACAAACUAACCCAGGUGAAUUGUGAAUCUUCCAGCUGCAGUAGAAAAUACAGGACUUCUUUUCCACUUAGUGUAGUGAUCACCAACUCUUAAAACUGCUUUUCAGUAUGUAUUUUAUUUAAAUGAUGAACUAUUACCUGAGUGGCAGAAGUCUUUUUUUAAGAACAUCUUUUGAAUAUUAUUUUUUGAUUAUUUUGAGAUAAGUUUGUCAUUAAAAAAAAAAAGUUUUAUGCCUGGGUAGGAAAAUGUUUUGGCAAUGAAGAGAAACUCCCUCCAUCAGCUUAGACUGUGAAUUUGCUUUCAGAAGAGCACUAUUGAAAGUUUGUGCUAAACUGAAAAUGAGAAUGCAUUAAGUAGCAUAACAAUUAUGUAUGAGUUGAAUGGACAAAUUAAACUCUUAGAAGCUGUAAUUUUAAAAAGAGUAAAGCUGUUAUGGUUAUAAUGUGAAUGAUAGGUAUUUACCUAGGAAAAGUACUGUAUGAACUAUAACGUUCAAAUUCUCCAAGUCUUAUUAUUAUGUUUAUUAAUUUAUCCUUUUGAAAAAUAGUAGGGAUUUUAAGAUGUCUUACAAGGAGUAUGUCAAAGAAAAGUCAAAAUGUUCAAAUUCAUGUUAAGUAACACACACUUUGUAAUAUUUAUUAUAAAUUUUAUUACCAUACACUGAUAUGUUUCCAGUAGAGUUAAACUUCUUGUAUUUCUUGUGAAUAGUGCACUUUUUAUGAAGAGGCACUGAGUAGAAAUUAUGGUUGUCUAAUUUGCUACUCUGGAAUGCAGUAUCUGAAAACAAAUAACUCAUGUUUGUGUCAAACAAAGGAGCAAAACAAAACAUGAAUGCAUGCAGCAGUACAGAAAAACACUCAUUAAGUAAUAUUAUUUGAAUAUCACACAUGAAACAUUAGACAUAAAUUAGGCUGUAUAAAGGUUAUGGAGAAUACAGGCCAUCAGUAGCCACUACAACCUGUCAUGCCCUCUAGGUUUAAAUGUUACUGAAACAGUGGUAUGGACACUGUUAUAUUUGUUUUUCAUAUUCUGUAAAUUUCUUGGUUUCUAUUCAGCAGCAGCAGUUUUCCUUACUGCUUUUCAAGAUUAUUGUCAGGUGGUAUGAAUUAAGCUCAAACAAAGAAGAACACAUAUUUUUAUACCCUUCUUGAAAAGGUUCAUUGAACAUUGAAUAAGUCUGUAUCUGUCCUGGAACAAUCUGUGCCUCGAAAUCCUUCUAGCUGAGUACAUACACACACACACUAAAACAAAUGUCAAUAAAUUGUUAACAGAAAGGCAAAUAUUUGGUAGUCAGACAAUCAAAACAGAACCAAAAUAAUAGUUUUAAACAUCUAGUUACCCCAAAUAUGUGAAAGCAGACUUUAAAAAAUUUUAUUCAGUGCACAUGUUGCUCAAAUACCAUCUUAUAUCACAUGUGAAUAAGUAGCAUUUGUGUAAGUGCACCUAAGUUUAGAAAUGCUUAAUUUAUAGCAAGAUUCAUCUCUGGUAAAAAAAUCAAAACAAAAUAAGAAGUAAGUUUUUUUAUUAAGAAAUUCCACACUGGGAAGUCUAGAAGAAAGUGUGCUAGGUGUUGGCUAAAAACAAAAAGUCAGUUUAGAAAACUAUUGAAGGAUGAUAGUUUAGUUAAUAUUUCAUGAUAAAAACUUAGAAAAUUUCAACCUUGGUGACUUUAAACUACUGACA